AUGGUACCCAUGUUUAUCAGAGCUACACAGUUGAGUCCUGCUGUUAUCGAUAAGAUGGAUGUGCUUUCACAAAAGAUAAUACCCAAAAUCGAUGGAAUCCGCUGUGUAAAGGAGAUUGCUACUGAGGUCGAAAUCGAUGCAGAUUUAGUAAUGCGUUGCGUCAGGAAUUUGCAUUUUUACGAGUGCAUCAGUUUGGUUCCUUUGUUCUUAUAUUCGAAUACAUAUGUUGCAACGGAGAAACUUCACGAGUUCUACAAUAACCCGUCGGAAAUACAGGUAGUACUGAUUUUUCUCGGUUUCAUUCUAUACUGA